UGGUGGGGCUGCGAGCUUCUUUCUCUGUAUUGGUAAUGUUUCUUUACCUCUCUCUGUUACAAGUCCUGUGCUGAGCUGACAAACAAGACAGGAAGAGGGACAACCGGGACAAGGAGAGAUCAACAACCCCACUUAAAACACUGCAACCAUGGAUGAUGGACCUUCUCUUUCAACUUCUCUACCAAAAGUCGCUUAACUUGUUUUACACCUGCUGUUCUCUUCUACUUGUCUGUUCAUUCACUUCAGGUGUGACUUUGAGACAGCUAACUCUGUUAUUAACACAUUGUUAAAAAAACUCUAAGGUGGGCAUUCAGACAUUGAUAAUCUUUAUCUGUAAGAACAUUUACAUGAAGAUUCAUCAUCAAGGUCUUAAACAUGGAAGGUUUACCAAAACAAUCCCAAGGAGUUGUUAUUGACAUUGAUGGAGAAGAAGAAGAGCAAGCAAACCAAACAGAUAACAGAGAACAAGAAGGAAGGUGUUCAUCUUCUUGUUCAUCAACAGAUGAAGAAUCUGGGACAACUGAGAUCAUCAAAGAGAGGGAAUCUUCCAUGUCUCAUGAACUGGAUCUGGAGUCUGGGGUGACUGAGACCAAGCUACAUUUGGCAAAAAUGGAGACAGAUUGCAGGAUUUGCCAUCUCAGCUUGGAUCCAAAUAAUCAAGAAUCUGGUGUGCCUAUAGAGUUGGGUUGUUCUUGUAAGGAUGAUUUGGCCGCUGCACAUAAACACUGUGCUGAGGCAUGGUUCAAGAUUAAGGGUAACAGGACUUGUGAGAUUUGCGGAUCGAUUGCUCGGAAUGUUGCUGCCACAAACGAGACGGAUACGGUGGAGCUGUGGAAUGAGGCAAAUGAUUCCACAGCAACAGCGGCUCCAGUCGCAAUUCAUGCUGCAGAGACUCGAAACUUUUGGCAGGGCCAUCGGUUUCUAAAUUUCCUGCUAGCCUGUAUGGUCUUUGCCUUUGUAAUCUCCUGGCUCUUUCACUUCAAUGUACCCUCUUGAAAAUAUGCUGCAACAAAGCUCGUGGUGAUAGUUUCCGGUCAUGAACCGGACUCAACUAGUGUCCACCUUCCUAGCACCCCUUGCAGUUACAAUCUCCGUGCCAACGCAAACUCCAACUCACUGGUAGCAACAGAUAUAUGUAGCAUGGUGUCUAUAUUAGUACCAUUAUGUUUUGUUAUUGUUAGGAAUUGAUUCACACAAGAAGAAAAGUUUAUCAGACACUUGUAAUUCUCAUCUGAAUUGCAGCAUCUGUACAACACUGCAAUCUUCUUAGCCCGUAUGAUUGGUUCCUCUUGACCUCUUCUUGAAUGUGAUAAGCAAUUUAAGUUGAUAGUUUGAGUUCA